AUUGUCGGAAUUGAAAUCGAAUUGUCACCUGUGUCAUGUGUCUGUUUUUACUUUAAAAACUGGAACAUGGACAUUGAAACCGUUGUCAUAACGUCGCGAAUUCAGCGACAAAGAUAUCACUAUCAAUCAAUUAUGAGUGAUGUAAAUAAUAGAUAAGUAGUAGUUAUCAACCAGUAUUAUCCGCUAAAUUUUCCCUAGUAAGUGUUGUGGAUAUCUUAAACGUAAUUUUUAAGACAACAGUGAUGACUUUACCAUUGCCUAUACCUCCGUGUUCAAAGAGAGAUGGUGCUAGCGGUUUAAGUUGUGAUCAUUUUGAUUAUUCUGAUUUGAAAAGUAGUAUGGCUACAACAUUGCUGGCCCCCGUAAAAACUGAAAGAGAUAUUCUUGAACACUCCAUGUACGAAGACGACCCGAAUGCUAAUACUCAAUUACCAAGCGAAGUGGGUAAUCAACCAAGGUGGGGACCGCGACAUCGCGGUGCUCAAGAGCUUGCAGAGCUAUAUAGUCCUGGAAAAAGACUGCAAGAAUGGGUAUGUGUGACCGUAUGUUGCACUUUAUGCGCAGCAGCGGGUCUAUUAAUGGCUAAAUAUGUUCGUGCCGAUGCUUCUUUGCUAUUGGCAGCACUUGCUGGAGUUCUCACAGCAGAUUUUGCCUCUGGAUUUGUGCACUGGGCAGCUGAUACCUGGGGUGCUGUUGAUCUUCCGAUAAUCGGCAAGAACUUUUUGCGUCCUUUCCGCGAACAUCACAUUGAUCCCACAUCAAUAACUCGUCAUGAUUUUAUUGAAACAAAUGGCGAUAAUUUUGCUAUAACUAUACCUGUUUUAGCAAGAAUAGUUUGGCAGUUAUUGACAUAUGAUGUUGUCACAAUUAAUGAGCAAUUUCACUGGAUAUCUUAUUGGUAUUUAUGUUGUAUAUUUGUGGCAAUGACAAAUCAGAUUCACAAAUGGUCCCACACUUACUUCGGCCUUCCCACCUGGGUGGUUUGGCUUCAAGAAUGGCAUAUAGUGUUGCCUCGGCGCCAUCACCGCAUACACCACGUUGCGCCGCACGAGACUUACUUUUGUAUAACUACAGGUUGGUUAAACUGGCCUCUAGAGAAACUGCACUUCUGGUCCAAUCUAGAAAACAUUAUUGAAGCUCUUACUGGGUUCAAACCAAGAGCAGAUGAUAUGAAGUGGGCACAAAAACGUUCUUAGAAUAUGUGCCUGUCAAUGUUUUUUUUAUUAUUUCUAUAGCUAGGAGAAAAUGACUUUAUUGUUAUACUAUUAUGAAUCACAUUGUUUUGCAAGAUGUGAUAGUUACUUUUAAUAUAUGGUUAUUUAUUUGUUUAUAAGUUACAGAAUAUUUUACAACACUUCAGCCACAUUGGAUGACGAAAACAUGCAAACAAAUCAAUUUAGGCUCAUCACAACUUAUAAUUUUAUUUAGAACUUAUGUUUUUGACCAAACUUCUGCACGUUAUUUAGUGAGGAAAUACAUGUAUAUUUUUUUAACUGUCAUACACCGAUAAAAAACUCAUACCCGUUUAAUAGUUUUCAAAUAAAGAAAAAUAAAGUUAAUGUUUAAUAACAUACAUUGAGUAGACAACCCGAAACCAACUAGAAAAAGUAUGACCA